AUGCAUACACCUGCUGCCAACUCGCCUAUGGCUUCCAAACGUGAGCCAGAGAUGAGUUCUGCGGAGGAGUUCUUUGACAAGUCUCGAAAACUUCCCGACUUGGCUCGCGCAUUAGGUGACACGGUCAAUGAUAAACUUGGACCGCAGCUCAUUCAGCCCCGCUCUAAGUUUAGCAAUGCGGGUCUCCCUGCCCUGGUUGUGGAGCCCAAGAAGAAGUCCGUUGACGGACUUCCGGGAAUGAAAAUUAGUCGAACAUCUUCUUUCAUCAAUGCCAAUCCCACUGCCCAUAGAAGCCCUUUGCUGCGCUCUGCCAGCGAAUUUAAGGGCAGAAGUGGUCUUUCUCGUCAGUUUCUGAACUUUAGCUUGGAGAAGCGCGGUAGCACUUCAGCCGUGUUUUUCGAUGAUGAUGAUUAUUCCGAGCCCUCUUCCACGAAAGCCAGAUCGUCUUCCUUAAUUCGGGAGCCAUUUGAUGUCGGCUCGGGAAUAAUGGACUACGACGAGGGUGAAGAUGCUGAGAAGUUGGCUCCUUAUGGCGGUUUUUCUAGAUCAAACCUCGAGCUGUCAAUCUUGAAUCGUGACAAUGUCUUUAGCCAUGCUCCUUGGCAAAUUGAAAGAGCAGAAAAAGGCAACGGUUCGUUGGUAAAUGCUGUUGAUUUGGCAUCCGAAUGUGGCUCAAUUCAUAACAGUAGAUGGGUUGGUGCAAUGUCACUGCCAUGUGAUGCUGUCCCAACGAAUGUUUUGGAUGAUAUAUCUGAGAAGUUAAAAGACGAGUAUUCAUGUGACGCUGUGUUCAUUGACGAUGAAACGUUUCAAGGUCACUACAAUUCUUUCUGCAAGCAGAUUCUCUGGCCUACACUUCAUUACCAAAUCCCUGAUGACCCCAAAUCUAAAGCUUUUGAGGAGCAUCUGUACAACUAUUACAAGAAGGUCAACCAAAUGGUGGCAGACAAAAUCGUGGAGGCAUACAAACGUGAAAACAACCAUAAGUCUCCUAAAGACCCUCAAAAUAUGAUUUGGAUUCAUGAUUAUCACUUGUUUUUGGUUCCUUCCAUGGUGAGAGAGCAGUUACCCGAGGCUCAGAUUGGUUUCUUUUUGCAUGUCUCGUUUCCUUCCUCUGAAGUGUUCCGUUGUCUUGCUCAAAGAGAGAGUCUACUCAAGGGUGUGCUCGGAGCUGAUUGCGUCACAUUCCAGACUGAAGAGUAUGUUCGCCACUUCUUGCAAACAAGCAGUCGACUCUUGCUAGCAGACUUUAACGAUUUCGGUAUAGUUUUCAAUGGAAAAUACACCAAAGUCAAUACUAUACCUGUCGGCAUUGAUGUUCCUUCUUUACAAAAAAUUGUCGACUCUCAUGAGGUUCAAGAAUGGCAGAAAAUGAUUCGGGAGCGCUGGCGCAACCAGACGCUUCUUGUCUCUCGUGAUAAGUUGGACAAAUUAAGGGGAGUGAAGCAAAAAUUACUUGCCUACGAGAAUUACCUUCAUAAGAAUCCCUCGAAAGUUGAAAACACGGUCAUGAUACAGAUCUUCAUCGGACUGCAAGAUGAUGAUGAUUACGAGACCGAGGUCAUGGAGAUAAUCUCUAGAAUCAACUCGUUGCCCACAAAUAUCUACACAGCUCAGCCGGUCGUUGUUUUACGCCACGAUAUUGAUUUUGACCAAUACAUAGCUUUGCUCACAGAAGCAGACACAUUCAUUGUGUCAUCUAUGAGAGAAGGUUUAAAUGUGACUUGCCACGAAUUUAUCGUCGCAUCACACGAGAAAAAGGCGCCAUUAAUCAUUUCCGAGUUCACAGGCUCUUCUCAUCUCCUUGACUGUGAAGGAAAGGGCGCCUUAUUAGUCAAUCCAUGGGAUACGCGCACAUUUGGAGACAAAAUCGAACGUGCAAUGAACAUGGAACAAGGAGAGAAGGAGGAACGCUGGAAAAAAUGUUUUGAAGUCGUCGAGACUCACAAUUCCAUUUCAUGGGUUAAGAGUUGCAUUGAAUCCAUCAAUGAAGCAUGGAUUUUCAAUCAAGAGAAGAGCUCCGUGACGACGAAGCCCUUUACAUCAGAGGUGUUUUCGAAGUUUAUGGAUACAACCGACGACAAGCGUCUUUUUGUCAUUAAUGUGGAUGAUCCGAGCCUCAAUUUUGAUAGACAAGGAGGAAAAACUGCUUUGAGUCUUUCACGAGUGGGUAUUAUUUUGAACACACUCACUAGCAAUCCAAAGAACAUUGUUCUUUUCGCCAGUAUUAUGAGCCGUGAUGAAAUGGAGUUGCUGUUUAAUAACGUCGGAAAAGCAGGUCUUAUUGCCGAGUUUGGUGGCUAUAUCAAACUUCCCGGAAAGUCGCAUUGGAUUUCUGUUUUCGAUGACCAUCAAAUCGGAGUGUGGACACCACAGGUUGCACAGGUUUUUAGAGCAAAGGCUGAAAGAUUGCCAGGUUCGAAAACAAUUGUCAGUGACUGUACGGUGCGUCUUGUUGCAAACACGGCUUUGGUUCACGACCCAAAAAGAUCCGCAGAUGUCAUGGGUGAAUGUAUUCAAUAUGUGAACGAUGCAUUUGGAGAGAGCGAGGAAUUGCAUGCUACAAUUGUGGAUGGUUCGGUUGUUGUCCAACAAAAGAACUUGUCUAUUAGAGCUAUUCACUUCCUCAUUUCUUACUACAGUUCUGAUAUCAGUGGUGAUGUAUUGACACAACUGUUCAACAUCAAACGUGUUGAGUCAAUGUCAGGUACAAUGUUCCGCAAUGCCAUUGUUGAUUCGCCAACAGCCCCUCUGCCACACGGAAUUGAUCACUUGAGUCAUCUCUUCUAUUCUGGAGGUAUGAACCCAAUUGAUGAAGGUAUUUAUGACAUCGCUCACACCUUGAAGAAAGAUAAGUUUGUGGCCAACACCCUCACCGUUGCCGUGAACAAUGACAAUUCACAGAAUGUGUCAUCUGCUGACUACAGUUGUAUGGGACAAAAUGAAUUGUUUGGAAUUCUCGGACAAGCAUGCAAAGAUUUUGCAGAAUCCUAA